UGGAACCCCUUCGAUAUUCUUGGAAUCUCAGACAGUGCAACUCCAAAGCAGAUCAAGUCCGCAUACCGCGGAUUGAGUAAGAUUUGGCAUCCUGACAAGGUCAAGUCAGACUUGCAUGAGGAAGCCGACGCCAAGAUGGCAGAGAUCAACAAGGCUUAUGAGACUUUAACUGAUGAUGCUACUCGCGAGAACUGGGAGAAGUACGGACAUCCUGAUGGUAGCAGAAGCUCGAUGACCAUGAGCAUUGCGCUUCCCCCAUGGCUUGUCGAGGCACAUAACAACUUUUGGGUUCUCUCUGCUUAUGGUAUCGUGUGCGGUCUUAUGCUGCCUUACUUUAUUGGCAAGUGGUGGUACCGCUCUGGAAACUACACUAAAGACAGGAUCCGCACCAAGACUAUGGGCACCUUUUUCAAGCAGCUCAAGGAGACCACCAACCCCAAGGAGAUUGUCGAGAUUCUAUCGCAAGCUGAAGAAUUCAAGGAGGAUAUUGUGAGCCGACCGUCAGAUGAGGCCGCAUUGGAGAAGCUGGGUAUUCAGGUCAACACCGCACUGGAAAGCAGGAUCGGCGAGAAAUUCGAGUACACCAAGAAGACUACUUCGCCUGCGGCCCUGAAGGUCUUGACCCUAUUGUAUGCUCAUACUUUGGGAGUCCCUGUUGAGGACAAGGAUCUUGCUCAAGGUAUGCAUUACCAAGUCGAUAUUACCUCAAAGACCCUUCAUUUGAUUAAUGGAAUGAUCCAGAUCACUACUGCUCGUCAAUGGCUCUCGGUUUCGUUGUUCCUGAUGGACAUGUCGCAAAUCUUGGUCCAAGGUCUCUAUUUCCACGACUCUCCUCUUCAGCAGCUGCCUUUUGUCAAUGUUGAUGCGAUCAAGACCAUGAAGGGCAAGAAUCAGAUCCAUUCGAUCAGCCAGUUCAUGGACUUGGAUCGUGAGGACCGUGUUGCACUGCUCAAGGACAAUGCUACCGCUGACCAGAUUGACCAGGUUGCCACUGUUGCUAAGCAGUACCCCGCUCUGAAGGUCAUUAAGGCUUUCUUCAAGGUCGCUGGUGACAACAUCAUCACCCCUGGAUCUCUUUGCACGUUUAUUCUUAAGGUUCGCGCCGUUUCUCCUGGUGAGGCGGUCGAAGAGGAGCCCGCUAAAACCGUCAAGGCUGAUGUUGAUGCUCUGUUUGAAGGCGAGGUUGACAGCGAGGAAGAUGAGGACGGCAACAUCAAGCCUAAGAAGGAGUCCAAGACCCUUGCCCCCAGUGUCCACGCACCGUACUUCCCUGGUGAGAAGAAGCCCUUCUGGUGGAUUGUGUUGGGUGACCACAAGAACAACCGCAUCGUGGUUCAGCCCACCAAGACUACCGAUAUUACUUCGACCCCCAAGACAAUCCGCAUUCAGUUCCAGGCUCCUCCUCGUGCCGGACAGUACUCGUUCAACAUGUUUAUCAAGUCGGACUCGGUCUUGGGCUCUGAUGUCCUUCAGGACAUGACAUUGACAGUGUUGGACGCGUCAGAGUUGCCACCCGAGCCUGAGGCCGAUGAUGAUAUCUCUGAACCUGAUGAGGACUCCAUUGCUGGACAGAUGGCGCUUUUGAAGGAGCAAGGAUUGGCUGCAGCGGCGAUUGGUGGAGGCAACAAGGGACCAGCUGGAACAGUCGCAAAGGGCAAGGGCAAGGCACCCGAGACUGACAGUGACACUGACAGCGACAGCGACUAA